AUGAGUAACACCUCUGAACUACCUCCAAACAUGACAGCUGCUGGUUGGCGUCAACCACUCUGGUACCAGUAUGACAAGUGUGCCGUGGCUCCAUAUGCCUUUGUCUUUUACUUCACUGUCAAAGUUUUCAAUCUAGCCUUGGGCUUCCCGACCAACAUGCUAGUGAUGUGGCACAUUGCAACGUGCAAAAGUGAAGGCUCCACAUCCAACAUGUUUAUCUUCAACCUUGCUGCACUGGAUGCCUUCUUCUGCCUGAUGACGCCUGUGGAACUGCUCAACCGGCUGUACCUGGACCACUGGGGUGUCUGGUAUUUACAACGUUUUGCAUAUGGCGUGAAAGAUACGGCACCGCUGUUCCAUACCUGCAUCUGCUUGGACAGGUACAUCGCCGUUGUGUACCCCAUCGUGUUCACAAACAUCCGUGAUAACCGCAUACGGGGGUUAAUCUCAGCCUUUGUAUGGAUGCUGGUCUUAGCCUAUGCGAUCACCAAAAGCAUUCUGGGAGUAAUGAGCGUGACCGAGGUGUUCAGCGGCCUCGUCCUGUCUGCCUUCUUCAUCAUGGUCUUCUGCAACGUGUCUAUCAUCUGGGUGUUGCGGAGGAGUGUCGCUGGCAAAGAGGCGAUGCAUCCUGUGAAGAAAAAAGCCUUUAAAAUGGUGGCCAUCUUACUGGUGAUCAUCAUGGUCAACUAUUUGCCGCCUGUGGCGCUCAUGCCGUUUGCCUCCACCUACACGUUCGUCCAACUGCACUGCCAAAUCAGCGUCUCUGUUUUCUCCAUCAUGGACUUGAGCAGCACCAUUGAGCCGAUACUUUACAUCUCCAAGAUGGACAGGCUGAACUCCUGCUCCUGUCUGAAGGGACCUGCAAAGAAUCCAGUCAACGUCAAUGCGUAA